GGCCGAGCGCUCAGCCGAAUUAAAGACGCGAACGCUUUGGUCACGCAGGCCACGAAAGCCAGAAAAACACGGCAAUCUCCGAAGACGCUUUGGAUUCUCCGGUUGUCCCCGGUGUUCCCCAAAAAAAAGAUUCAGUUUGAUAACGCCAUUCGAACGGCGAAGAUCGCGCGGUCCGAUAUCACGGAUAAAUAAAAUAUAUAAUAUAUAGAUCGAUCUCGCCAUGAAGUCGAUGUGCUGUGUUAGUGCUGUGAUUACACUCCUGUCCCUUGUGCUCCUGGAUCAUCCCGCUGCCGCCCAAUUCAAUCAGCGCAGGCCAGUUCGCCAGAACUGCAUCACCCCCGAGAAUUACUAUGGGAGUUGCGUGGUCCUCAGCAACUGUCCCCAGGUGGUGAAGAUUUUCCAGACCACCAACUUCGAGUGGGCCCAGCGAUAUGUGAUCGCCCUGCAGCGCAGCUGUAACACCCGCAACAUCAACGGGGAUCCGGUGAUCUGCUGCACUGCACCCACUUAUAACCAGGCCACAGAGCGACCUCGGAACCCCUUCUUCCCCACAGAUUCAUCGUUUAUUGGACCUCAGGUUCCGCCGGAGGUUCCCGACAAUCCCUUCCUGAAUCCGACCAUAAGGCCCACCCCACCAACAACCACCACCACGACGACCACUCGUGCUCCAGCUCGGAGUACCCCAUCGGCACCUUUGGUGGAUCAAAGGGGCAUCUCAUGUCGCGGACCAGACACAAAACCCGGAAAUUGUGUGGAAAUCAAGGAGUGUGCAGCACUUUUGAACGAACUCAGGGUUAAGCAGCGGGACGAGACCUUCGCCAACUUUUUGCGGGCCUCCCGAGUGUCCUGUGGCAACCAGGGAACCCAGGUGUGCUGCCCCAAUGGACAGACUGUCACCACUCCGGCUCCCGUUGUGCCCAAGAACACGGACGAGAUUCCCCGCCGGCUGCUGAAUGUGGAGGAGGGAUGUGGCUCUACGGUGGGCUACUACAAGAAGAUCGUGGGCGGUGAGGUGAGUCGCACGGGGGCGUGGCCCUGGAUUGCCCUUCUGGGAUACGACGAUGCCUCCGGGUCGCCAUUCAAGUGCGGCGGAACCCUGAUCACCGCCAGACACGUCCUCACUGCCGCCCAUUGCAUCCGGGAUGAUCUGCAAUUUGUACGUUUGGGAGAACACGAUCUGUCCACGGAUACGGAAACUAAACAUGUUGAUAUUAAUAUUGCAAGGUACGUUUCCCAUCCGGAGUACAAUCGCAGAAACGGACGCAGCGACAUGGCCAUUCUGUACCUGGAGCGGAACGUGGAGUUCACCUCCAAGAUAGCGCCCAUCUGUCUGCCGCACACCCAAAGUCUUCGCCAGAAGUCCUACGUGGGCUACAUGCCCUUCGUCGCCGGCUGGGGAAAGACGAUGGAGGGCGGCGAAUCGGCCACCGUGCUGAACGAGCUCCAGAUUCCCAUUUACGACAACAACGUGUGCCGCCAGAGCUACGCGAAGGAGAAUCGCUACAUCUCGGCCGAUCAGUUCGACAGCGCCGUCAUCUGUGCCGGAGUCCUCACCGGCGGCAAGGAUACGUGCCAGGGCGACUCCGGCGGACCGCUGAUGCUGCCGGAACAGUAUUUGGACAAGCAGCGCUUCUACCUCAUCGGCGUGGUGUCCUACGGCAUCGGCUGUGCCCGGCCCAAUGUCCCAGGAGUCUACUCCAGCACCCAGUACUUCAUGGACUGGAUCAUCGAGCAGGUCCAGCAGACGCCGUGAAUGAAUGCCAUAGCCGCGAAUGUCGCACCUAAGUCAUAGGAUCCAUAAAUAAUAUAACAGCUAACAGCCUAACAGAACAAACUUACAAUCACAAAUGCUUAUAUUAAUUAAAUAUAUUUUUUUUUAUGAUACAAAAAAA